UCUUAACGAAGAAAAGAGCAAAAAGCUUAUUAAAAAAAGUCCCGACCUUGUAAAAUGAUUCGUGGUUAAGUUACAGUUUAAACUCCUUGUCUUUUUUCAGUAGUAGCACGGGCAAUUCAUUCAGGAAAAUUUCGAAGGUCAGAGGUUCUUACUGAAAAUGCUUAGAGAUCGUAAUUAUUCAAUCCAAUCCGAAAAAAAUAAUACUGUUGAAACGACAAGACAGUCUCACAACUGUUUGAAAGACAUAAACAUACUUGUGGUUUAAUUAAAGACCGAAGAUGUCUUGAAAUCGAAUAUACGUAAAAGGAACUGAGAUGGACAAAUAAGUGUAGAGCCGACGCACUUAACAGUUGCUUGGAAGGCAAGGGUCUAUCUUUAUUUGUCAUCGAAAUGAACUUUAACCUAAAUCGGAUUUAUCAUAUUUAAAAUUCGUUCAAAUGUGAUAUGAUGAUUUCUUCAGAUGUUCUUUGACUUGGGAUUUUCGGCUUAUGGUCAGUAUUGUUGUUUUCCGGUGAAUCAGAUAUUAAAUUAAAUUGUGAAAUGAUCACUAAUUUGGAUUGAUUUAAAUGUGUUCACUUCCAUUUAUUUGUGACACAGGAGGAAGAAUAUGUAGGAGAAAAUAUUUCUUCUACAAGCAACAUUACUGUAUAGAGAAUCUAACCACAGGAAAUGCCUGACUGCCAUCACAAAUAAAAUGACCAAAAAAUUUAACUCGUCGUUGAUGGAAAAUAAGAGUGUAAAUUAAUUCUUCCAUUUUAGUGGAAAGCCAUAAAGGGAAAAUUGGCAACUAGGUGGUAUUGGGACCCACGCAGAAUUAACGCUUAAGAUUGACUUUCCUACAUUUAAACAGUAAUAAAAUUCGUCCACCAUUACACUAAGGGUGGGUAGAAAAAUUAGUGAGAGAAAUCGUACUUUCAGAUUAUCAGAUAGGAAAUCAAUUUUACCUAUUCAACGGUGAUAAAAGAUUUAAGAGGCUAAAUUUAAUAGCCAGUAAGAACCACUAAUUUGUGAAAAGAACUGACCAAAAGCACAUGUCAUCACUAUUGAAAAGCAAUGGUCAGAAUUUCACUGAAGUGUAACGGAAAGAGAUAUAAAAAUCAGUCAUAAUGUUUAAUGAAGAAUCUCCUAUCUGAUUAAAUUUGACUUUCCUUGUGACAUUACUGUCGAAUUAGUCACAUGGUUGACUAGUCUCCCAUAGCUCUUCUGCUCUUUUAAGACAUUUAUCAACUGUAUCUAAAAAGAGUUCCAGUGAUUGGUGGUUGAAAUGAUAAAAUUAUCCCGAAAACUAUAUUUUAAAGCCUAAUUUGUGAUAAUUUGCCAGUUUUACCACGCGUGGAUGGAAUUCAUUACAACAUUUCACUGCCUUUUCACUUUUUACGGUAUGUUUGCAAAAUCGGUUCGGUUGAUGAGGUACAAGAAACACACAACUGACAUUUGACUCCAGAGCACGAUUUUUGUACAUUUCUGGGUAUUUAUUGAGAGCCUUGCCGUCUGUCACCAAAAGUAUGCCUGAUGUUGAGUUGUUUUCUGUCAGAAGUAUUUUUGGAUAGAGGAUACAUCCACGCUUGAUUUCAUAUUAAUAACGCAAUAAUCAAAAUAAGAUUUAAAAAUAUACAAUGAGAUAAGUUGACAACAUUCUGGAGGAAAAGUUUUGUGUGUCAUCUUGUUGGUUACUCGAGAGUCGCAAAGUCAAAAUCAAUUGACAUUUUUGGUGAUUUUGAUAACUGGAAUCUUUGUUACCCUGAAAAUUUAUAGGAAAGUUUGACCAUUCAAUUGGAUACACUGAGUGAUGUAACAAGUUGUACACUUUGAUGUUGAUCGUCUGCAACAGUUUAGAAGUAAACAAGAAGACCCGAGACCAAUAAAACAAAAUUAAGGAGAAAACUCUUUUAAAAUUUUCAAAUUGCAUCACCUGUUUGCAACAGGAAAUUGGGAAAUGCAGCACGAGAGAUGAUCCAGAGCCAAAAAUUCUUUUAAAAAUGAAGAUUCCAAAAUAGGAAGAAGAAAUUUAAACAAAAGAAGGAGAAAUGGUAGAACAAUUCAUAGGAAUGAAAGAAAACUGUUAUUCUAAAUCUAACACCACGUGACUAUGAUGCGGAAUCUGAGCUGUUUUCUGGUCAUGUUAGUUUUGCUUAUUUUGUAUGGAGAGGGAAAGAAGACCAAAUUAAAAGGAAUCCGAUGGUGGACACUUGCAAAUAUUGGAAAACCAUCGAAUGACUUAAGAUCAAAUACACAGCUUUAUAACAGUCCAAGUCUUUUACCAUUAACAAAAAAGCAACGAAAACUUGUGACAAAAAAUCCAGGAACAAUUUUAGCUUUAACUAAUGGAGCCAGAAUGGCAAUUGACGAAUGCAAGUUUCAGUUUCGAAACAGGCGUUGGAAUUGUCCAACGCAAGAUGUGGGGAAUGGUGGACCAAUCUUUGGAAAAAUUUUAGAGAAAGGCAAUCGAGAGACUGCUUUCAUAUAUGCAAUCACUAGUGCUGCAGUUACCCAUUCUAUUGCCCGUGCUUGCGCGGAAGGGAGCAUAUACACGUGUUCAUGUGACUAUAACCUCAAUCAACAAAGUGGAAAAGACUGGGAGUGGGGAGGGUGUAGUGAUAAUGCCAAAUUUGGUCAUCGGUUUUCUCGGAAAUUUGUGGACGUUUUAGAAAAAGGCCGAGAUUUCCGAUACAUGAUGAAUUUGCAUAACAACGAAGCAGGUCGAGUGCAUGUUUCUAAAGAGUUGAAGAGGGAGUGCAAAUGUCACGGUAUGUCCGGAAGUUGUACAAUAAAAACCUGUUGGAUGCGACUUCCUUCUUUCCGAGAUGUUGGGAACAGACUAAAAGACAGAUUUGAUGGAGCCUCGCAGGUUAUUUCAGGAAAUGAUGGAAGCCGCAUUUUAGGAAACAGACCAAAUGGUGGUAGAAAAAGGAAAAGGUACAAGUCGUUCCAUUUUGCUCCAGUUAAUCCAAAUCACAAGAAGCCUGGAAGACGAGAUCUCGUCUACUUCGAAUCCUCUCCUACAUACUGUGAGAAAGAUCCUUCUAUAGACUUUCCUGGAACAUAUGGUCGCGAGUGUAACGCGUCAUCCAUAGGGAUUGACGGAUGUGACCUCCUGUGUUGUGGAAGAGGGUAUAUUUCAAAAACUUACACGGUUCGUGAGAGGUGUAGUUGUAUAUUUCGUUGGUGUUGUGACGUAGAGUGUGAAAUUUGCACUCGGACUAAAGUGCAACACACAUGCAAAUAGUAUGUACGUUCAAUAUUUAUCGACUUACCUGGAAUAACAUUGAUAUAUGUGAACAGUUCAGCAGAACAUUGCUUCUUUGAAAUAUGAGAAUCUAAUGAAUUGUGCUUAUGUUUUUUAUGAUUAGUAUAUACAUGUAUAAAUAUUGACUUGAAGUACAGUACUGUACUUUCAUUGAUCCUUUUUUAUUUAUGACGUCAUUAAAUGACCAUAUAGGUGCUAUAUUUCAUCAUUUCUAAUUUAAAGCAGUGUUUUGCAUAUACCAUAUUAAAAACACGAAAAAAUACAUGUAUUUACAUACCUUUUAUCUUUUGUAAAAUUGUUUAUUAGUAUUAGUUGUG